AUGAAAGUAAUUAUUGCAUUGUGUUUAAUGUUCGUUGCUGUUUAUUCAGCAUCAACAUUCGAUUCAUCGUUAGAAGAUUCGUGGAAACUAUUUAAACAUGUUCAUAGUAAAGAAUAUUCUACGUCAGAAGAACAAAAUCGACGAGCAACUUGGGAAGCAAAUGUUGCCAAAAUUCGAACACAUAACUUAGAAGCUGAUCUCGGGGUUCAUACAUACACAAUGAAAAUGAACAGAUAUGGUGAUCUGACACAUCAUGAAUUUGUUAAACAAAUGAAUGGUUUAAAAACCUCUCGUCGUCCAGUUGGUAGCGAAGUUGAUCAUCAUACAUUUAUUCCACUAUCAAACGUUGAGAUUCCAGCAGCAGUUGAUUGGCGCAAACAAGGUUAUGUUACAGAGGUUAAAGAUCAAGGUCAAUGCGGAUCAUGCUGGGCAUUCAGUGCUACUGGUAGCUUAGAAGGUCAACAUUUCAAAAAAUAUUCGGCACUCGUUUCCCUUUCUGAACAAAAUCUCGUUGAUUGCAGUAGUAAAUUUGGUAAUAUGGGUUGUGAUGGCGGUUUAAUGGAUCAAGCUUUUCAAUACAUCAAAGCCAACAAGGGAAUUGAUACUGAAAAAACAUAUCCAUAUGAAGCACGUGAUGGCAAAUGUCGAUUCAAUCCACAAAACGUUGGUGCCAAUGAUACCGGAUACACGGACAUCAAAAGUGGAAGUGAAACAGAUUUACAAGCAGCUAUUGCAACCGUUGGACCUAUCUCGGUAGCUAUAGAUGCUAGUCAAAGUUCAUUCCAAUUUUACAGUUCAGGUGUGUAUAAUGAACCAGAAUGCAGUUCAACAGAAUUAGAUCAUGGAGUGUUGGCUGUUGGUUAUGAUACAAAAGGCAAACAAGAUUAUUACAUUGUCAAAAAUUCAUGGGGUGAAUCGUGGGGUAAUGAAGGUUACAUCUGGAUGAGUCGUAAUAAGAAAAAUCAAUGUGGUAUUGCUACGAUGAGCUCAUAUCCACUUGUUUAA